CGUUUAAAUAGAGAGAAGCUGGAGAAAGUGAUGAGAAAGAGAGAGAAGAAGAAGAAGAAAAAACCCCAACACACACGACAUACACAACACACACAACACACCUCUGGAUAAAGGCCCUCUUCCAUGGCUGGGACACGUCCUGGAGUUCAGGAGGGACACUGCAAAGUGGAAUUCAGGAGGGACACUGCAAAGUUUCUAGAGAGGAUGAGAAUGAAGCGGGAUAUUUUCACUGUUCAGCUGGGAGGGUUUUAUUUCACUUUCCUCACAGACCCACUGUCCUUUGGCUCGGUGGUUAAAGAGGCCUGGGCCAAACUGGACUUUAAUGAGUUCGCUAAGCACCUGGUCCAGCGUGUUUUUGGCUACCAUCCCUUAGAAGAUGACCACAAACUCAUUCAGGCAUCCAGCAACAAGCAUCUGAUGGGUGAUGGCCUGGUGGUGAUAACACAAGCCAUGAUGAACAACCUACAGAACCUCAUGUUGCACAACAUUGGGCCUGGAAAUGAUGAUGACCGACCGUGGCAGGAGGAUGGGCUCUUCGCUUACUGCUAUAACAUCGUGUUCCGAGCCGGAUAUCUGGCGCUUUUUGGAAAUGAAGUAGCCAAGACUGCAGGAAGUGUGGAUAAAGCAAAGGAAGUUGACCGAAAGGAGUCAAAUGAACUCUUUUAUGAGUUCCGUAAAUAUGAUCAACUUUUCCCAAAGCUGCUGGACAGUGCAGUGGAUGAGAGCCUGCGCAUGACGGCUGCUCCUGUGCUUACACGAGCUUUUCUGGAGGACAUGAGCCUGAAAAUGGACAACAGCCACGAAUACAAGAUCCGCAAAGGUGACCGUGUGUCCCUCUUCCCCUACACCGCUGUCCAGAUGGACCCAGAGGUGCACCCUGAUCCACACACCUUCAAAUACAAUCGCUUCCUCACACCCGAUGGCAGAAAAAAGACAAAAUUCUACAAAGGAGGAAAGAAAGUGAAGUACUACAACAUGCCGUGGGGUGCCGGGGUCAGCAUGUGUCCCGGGAGGUUCUUCGCCAUCAACGAGCUCAAGCAGUUCGUCUUCCUCAUGCUCACAUAUUUUGACUUUGAGUUGAAGAACCCAGAUGAAGAGAUCCCAGACAUCGAUGUGAGGCGGUGGGGAUUCGGGACGAUGCAGCCAACGCGGGACAUCCCGUUCAGAUACAGGCUCAGGUUUUAGACAAUGCAACUGUUCGUAUUAUUAACAUCUCGCAUUUUACCUUCAUGCUAGGUCAGUGUUUAUUACUAUUAUUAUUUUUAGUAUUAUUAAUAGCUUUGCUAAUCAUUCAUAUUCAUAUUCAUGUUUAAAGAAAGCCUCAGUUGUAAUAAUCUGUCUUUAUUGGUGAUCAAGAUGAAUGUAUAAAUAUUUUCCCUAGAUUAAACAAUUUCCUGCUUCAGACUGUAUACUGUAUAAAUAUUACAACGAGUUUUAUUUUGAUCUGUUCUACGGAAAGCACUUUAAGACUUAUGAUGAAUAAAAUGAUAAUAAUAUGAAAGGUGAAAUAGAAAUAUUGACUUAUUUACUGCCUCAUGUGUGUAUAUGUCUGUGACUAUAUAAAAAAUUGUUUCAGUAACUCAGUUACAGCAUCAGAUCCUCUGAAUAAACAGUUUCCCAUCAGUUAUUUUAAAUAAUUAAUUUCACACAUCUUUCAAAACUCAAAGCAGUUAUCCUCACCUCCAAAAUGCACUAAAAGUACUGAAACACUUCACACACACCUCAAACUCAACUCAUUCUAACACAACAACAAAAAAAGGUUCUCUCUCAACAAGAACAUGACCUUGACCUCACAACACACUUACCUGAAAAACAUCACAUCAGGAAACAUUACACAAGAUUGUGUCUUUGAUUUUUCUAUGAAGUCUCUGAAAUGGUGCAGAAUUAUGUUAUUUAUUU